CGACUCCGGAGCGGGCAGGGGGAGGGGGCCGGGCAGUCUGUGGCUAGGGACUUUCCUUUGGGCCCGGUGAUCCCUUGGCGGCCCGGAGGAAGGGAAGGAGAAAGGGAAGCAGCAGGAGGAGGAAGCCGGGCCACAGCAUCGCGAGCGAGCGAGCGGCGGAGCAGGAAGAUGCUGCUGUCCCUGGUGCUCCACACGUACUCCAUGCGGUAUGCCCUCCCGGCCGCCGUGAUGCUGGGCACGGCCCCCACCUAUAUCUUGGCCUGGCUGGGCUGGCGCCUCUUCUCCUUAUUUCUGCCGGGAGCACGCAUCUAUCAGGAGGUGGACGAUCGCUUCUACACCAUCUACCAGAGCAUGGUGCUCUUCUUCUUCGAAAACUACACCGGCGUCCAGAUAAUACUAUAUGGGGAUUUGCCAAAACAUAAAGAAAAUAUAAUAUAUUUAUCAAAUCAUCAGUGCACAGUUGACUGGAUUGUUGCUGACAUUUUGGCAAUCAGGCAGAAUGCUCUUGGACAUGUACGCUAUGUUCUGAAAAAUGGCUUAAAGUGGCUUCCGUUGUAUGGGUGGUAUUUUUCUCAGCAUGGAGGAAUCUAUGUAAAACGAAGUGCCAAAUUUAAUGAAAUGGAAAUGAGAAACAAGCUACAGAAGCAGAUGGAUGCAGGCACUCCAAUGUAUCUUGUGAUUUUUCCAGAAGGAACAAGGUACAAUCCAGAGCUAACAAAAGUUAUUUCAGCUAGUCAAACAUAUGCUGCUGAACAAGGCCUUGCAGUGUUAAAACAUGUCUUGACACCAAGAAUAAAGGCAACAUAUGUUGCUUUUGACUGUAUGAAGAAUUACUUAGAUGCGAUUUAUGAUGUCACAGUAGCAUAUGAAGGUACUGUGGAUCAAAUGGGAAAAAGAAAAGAAGCACCUUCUAUGACUGAAUUUCUAUGCAAAGAAUGUCCAAAAGUUCAUAUUCACAUUGAUCGCAUAGACAAAAAAGAUGUCCCAGAAGAACAGUUGUCUAUGAGAAGGUGGCUUCAUGACCGCUUUGAAAUAAAAGAUAAGUUGCUGAUAGAAUUCUAUGAUUCACCGGAUUCCCAAAGGAGAAGCAAGUUUCCAGGGAAAUGUAUUAAUUCCAAACUAAGCCUCAAGAAAACUUUGCCAUCUUUACUAUUCUUAGGUGGUCUGACUGCUAGUAUGCUCAUGACAGAGUCUGGAAGGAAAUUGUAUGUGAAAACCUGGAUAUAUGGAACCGUAAUUGGCUGCCUGUUGGUUAGUAUUAAAGUGUAAGCAAAUGCUGUCUCCAAUCAGUGGAAUGAGCUAUCCUGUCUCUUGAGAGACAGCUGCACAUUUCACUAAACUGUUUCCUGAAUUUAUAAAGAAGUGUAAAUAAAGCCUUAUUGACUGAACAUUGGAUAAAUUACAAUUUGUGACUUCAGCCUAUUUGUGGUUGGUCUUGGAUAAGCAUACGUAAUUUUACAAGUUUACUCUUGAAUUUGCUGUAAAGUGAAUAGAUAUACUGAGUUGUGUUAUACCUUGCAUUCCCCAUGAACUUAAUGUCAGUUUUGGAUGAACUACAGAAAAUUAAUGGAAGUGUAUAGCUUGUUAUUUUUUAUGUAACUCAAGUUGAUCAGUGAAUAUAUUCCUGGAUAUUAAUUUGCAGUAUAUAUUCUUCCAUUUUUUUUUUGUUAUUUUAGGUUGGUUUUUUUUUUCCACAACUUGUGACUUUAUUAAUUGUAGCUAACAAAGCUAGUAUUUUGCAGUUAUGUGACUUUUUUUGUUGUUGGUCAGUGUGUUUCUUCACAGAAGUCUAAGAAAUUAGUACCUAGAUAAGGAAAUGUAUAAAGACACAAGAAAUGUUUAUGGGGAAGAAGCUCUUUUUACCUAGUCUUUUCAUUAUUUCAUUAUUAGCUGAUUUAAUUACUUAUAUAUGUAAAACAUUUCACUAUGUCUAUUUUUAAUCAAAUUAGCCUAAUUUUCACACCUUGUGCUGUGCACAGAAGAAUGUAUAAAGUAUAAUGAAAAUUAAGUCUAAGCUAAAAUUGUCACCCAACCAAAUUGUAGGAAAACAUUUUUAAAAAUUGUUCAGUUUAAUAAAGAUUUCAGCUAAGCUAACUAGAACAUAUGUGCCAUAAAUAGUAGAUCAUUUAAGUUUUCUGUUACUUCAUAAUUAUCUGAGCAAUCAAUUUGAAUUGUAUGUUUAUUCUUUUACUCUUAAUGGGUCAAAAGUAUAUUUGAGGUAGCAUAAAGCACUCAAAUGUUUCUGCUAAACUUUUAAGCAUGUGCCUUUUGCCUACUAGUUUGGUUUUUAACUUAAUAUUUAGUAAAAAAAGAAAAUUAUUUUUAUUUUACUAUCAUAUAAUUCCAUUGACUAUCAUAUAAUUUUCAUUUGAAUUAGAGAUUGUAGUGUUGAUAUGUAUGGUUUAUACAGUAGACUAUUAGUAAAAGAAAUCCAUAGCCAGCCAGUAUUUGUCCUGCUUAAAAUUGAACCCUUUGUUUGGAGGUUCUCACUGCUACUGCCAAUGCUCUUUGCAGUUGUCUCACGUCAAGAAAUUCUUGUUCCUGGAGGCAAUGGGAUAUUUAUUCCAUCAAGCAGGACUAAGGGAAUGAUCUUCCUUUAGAAAAUGUGUUUUUUUUUUUCCAAUUCUGUUGGAAAAAUCUUGACCUGGCCACAAGGCAAAAGAUUAAUAUUGCUCUCCUUGAUUCUUUGAGUUUUCCAUUUUAAUGGGGUUUGUGGCUCACUGAAUCAAAUUAAGAAAUUGCAUUUUGACAACUGAGUCAUUACACUCAUCAACCAUAGAACAAGAUAUGGUUUGCAAUGACUGUUUUACUUUUUUUUUUAUUUCUUAUCAUUUAUAGUAGUCCUUUAGGGUCACAAUUCUAGGUUUAGAUUUGUUAACCCUGGGUUUUUGUUACUGGAUUUGCAGCAUCAGUGACUAAGGCAAGAGACGCUAAUUAAAUCAUGAUGAAUCAUGAAAACAAUUACAAUAAAUAAUGUUUAAUACAAUACAGUGUGCUUCUCUGAAAACAGAGUGAGUAAACUAUAUUUUAAGUAACAGCUUUGAAGACUUAAGUAUGGCAUACAUAAGCAGCAUAAAAUUGGUUUAACUCUGACAUAGGCAGAUCUAUGUGCGGUGUUAUAAUGCCAAACUUAUUUUAAACUUCCUUUACCAUGAAAUUUAGAACAAAUUUUUUACUGUCUUUGAAAAUGUUUUUAAGACUCACAAGUACACACACACACACACACACACACACACACACCACAGCUAGUUAAGUUAGGAUAAUAAUCAAGCUCCACAAAAAUAAUUAUGAUAUUUAUUUUUCACCUAAUAACUGGAUAUCUAGUUGGUGUACCUUAGGUAAAAUUUUAAAGUGCAUUAUUGUUUAAGUUAUGUUCUUCCACAGUGAUACAAAAUAGCAGUGUGACUAGAAUGAAAAUCAUCUUGAACAUCUGGCUCUUUGAUUAUGCUGACACACUUUUCUCACAGACUGGAAAGCCUAAUAAAAUAAUUCUUAUUUUAUAAGUUCAUUUGCUUAUGUAUCAAGAUGUUUGGAAAAUUAGUUGCUCUUAACAUGCACUGAUAUUAACUUGAAUUUUUUCUUAUUAAGGUCAAGGGCCCCCUGCUCAUAUUUUUUGUUUUUACUUUUAGUGAAGUAUUCUCAUAAAAUAUCCCUUUAAGCUUUUGUUUAUAUCAUUGUUUACAGCUGAAUUAUCGCUUAGUUAUUCUUUACAAAAUACAAUCACUGUGUAUGCAUCUUGUGCUUUUCAGCAAAAGGGUUUGUGUGAAAGUCAGCAAAAUAAAAACUUUCCGUCUCUUAUGUCUGUGCUACUUAAAAUUUUGUGAGCUUGAAAUAAUUCAUGAGCAAUUACAUGCAGAGAACAGGUGUUGUAACUGGCUAUACUUUCAGAACUUUAUAAAAUGGUAAUCUUUUUCUAAGGUAUGGUGAGGAGAUAAGUAUUUUUUCAUAGACGAUCAUACCCCAAGUGCAUAAGAUUUUUUUUUCUGUGCAUCUAAGUUAACAGGUAUUGUUUAUGAUUAAGGGUAGGAGGAUUUUGGAGCGAACUUGCUGGCAACUUCCUGGACAGUUAUUUGUGCAAUAGUAAAUUAAUUACUUGAGGGCUAAAAAAAAGUUCAGUGAGUAAAAAUGCCAAUUCCAGCCAUUCAUUGUAUUGAAUCAUAUCCUUGUAUCAAUGAUGUUCUCACAUUUUCUUGUCUGUGGUUUCUUCUUUAAGAAACGUGCCAAAUAAUUUUAUUAGACACUCUUUCUUUUGCUGUUUAUAUAAUUUUAAUUAAUAAAUGAUUUUGCUGCUCUAAAUAUAAAAAGCAAGGCAUAACUCCAUGCCUUCUCAUUUGCAUUUUGCAGAUUAUUUGUUAAAGAUGGCCAAAAUAACCAGAUUAACCAUUUUAUUGUUUUGUUAACUAAAUGCAGACUCAUAUAUCUUGAUGUGUAUUAAACACGUAUUCAUUGAAAAUUUUUAGGUCUAGGUAGUAUUUCAUAUGUAUAAUUUUACAUCAGAUAUCAAAAGUCAUCAAAUAAAUAUUUGUAUGUGAUGAAAUAUAGUAUAUAAGGGAAAUGUCUUUGACAUUUAUUCCUAGUGAUGUAAAAUGUUUUUCAAGUGCUUAAUUCAGUCUGUUUCAUAGAAAUUUGUCUAUUAGUGUAAAUUACAUUUCAGGGUGUAUUUAGUUGGGGCAAUUUACUUAUGAUGAGCAAAAUAUAUUUUCAGAUCAGAAUUUAGCUAAAUCAGUAUCACAACCUGCCAUUUAAGGCAAUUUGCAUCAUAUAGAGACUUAUGAUAUAAAAAAUGCAAAUGAAGAACUUGGAAUUUCAUCAUCCUGACUGAGGAGGUUUCCAAAUAUAUGGUAGUACAUAAGCAGAAGAUCUAUAUUACUAACCAAAUUUUUCACUUUUCAGCCGCAUAAUUUGGAGUACUGUGGACCAUGUCAUUGAUUUAAUUUUUUCAGAUUGGUCACCUUGAAAUGCCAGCUAUUUCAUGUAACUUAAGGAUGAAUGGAUAAAAUGUUUUAAAUUUUUGCUAUAAGUACAUAAUUCCUGUAGGACUUGAAUUUUAAGUCAAAUGAUUUGGUUAUUAUCCUGAAGAGAAAGAAAUCUGAAACUAUUUUCUAGGUAGCCACACAAGAAGAGAAAACUCCUUUACCCCUAUUCUAUUAAAAAAAAAAA